AUGGUUCACGAGUUGUCCACUCAAUCGGUUCCAGAGAUCUCUUAUCCGAAGAAUAAGAAGCUUUUAAAUCCAUUGCAAAGACAUGUCAAUGGAUUCAAUCGAUGGCUGCCGAGGAAUAUCGAAAUGAAGGCAAAAGUGUGGGAAUUGAGUGAAAAGUUAAGUGAAGAGCACUUCGUCUAUGGAUUCACUCGAAGACAAUCACUAGAGAAGAGGUUCAGACGUAAGACUGGUCUGAAUUGGAGGUCAAGACUGCUAUCACUUCAUUGCAAACCAUUCACUGUUACCAUCACUCGAGUCGAAGAACCAUCAGAAGUGACGAAACCAGUGAACCAUCGAUUGGAUCCAAUGGUGAGACAAUCGGAUUCACAGAUCUGUAACAAGACAUCGACAGUUGAAUGGGAACUGGAGUUCGAGUUAACAAAGUUUGUGAACAAAUCGAUGCAAACAAACGGUGCAGUCGUUGAAGACAAUGACCAAAAGAAGUCGAAGAAUGGAUUGAAUUUGAAGAGUUUGUCGAUUGUCUCAGAAAGAGAUGUCAGAAUCGAUUCGAUGGCCAAACAGUUGUCUAUUGAAAGCAAAAUUUGUGCGGAUUUUGAUAUCAAAGACUAUAAAGAUGUGAUAAAUUCACGAAACUUUACGGGAAAAGUAGUUUUGGUGACCGGAAGUAGUUCUGGAAUCGGGGAGGGGAUCAGUAAACUGUUCUCUAUAUUAGGGGCCAAUGUUGUGGUCACCGGUAGGAAAGAAGCGGAUGUCCAGAAAGUUGCUACAGAAGUGCAAGAGUUGUCGCCAAAGAAACUAAAGCCAUUAGAAGUGGUCGGAGAUCUCACACAAACUGAAUUCAUCGCUACUUUAAUCGGCAAUACUAUCAAAACAUUUGGAAAGUUAGAUGUUUUGGUGAACAACGCCGGUAUAUAUCCGACGACAAACAUAACUCAAACAGAUUUAAUGCAAGUCUGGGAUCAAGUAUUCAACACUGAUUUGAGAGCAGUCGUCGAACUAAUCCACGAAUCGGUUCCACAUUUGGAGAAAACCAACGGCACUAUCAUUGAUAUCUCGAGUAUUGGUGCCAUUGCACCGUUAUACCAAAGCGUUGCCUACGGGCCCGCAAAAGCCGGUUUAGAUAUGAUUACUAGAGUACUGGCCCUCGAAUUGGGACCCAAAGGCAUUCGUGUCAACACUUUGAAUCCAGGUGCUAUUCAAGUGACUGACAAAGUGGACCCCCUAUAUGAAUGGGGAAAGACUAUAACACCACUCAAGCGUUUGGGACAACCAUUAGAUAUCGCUAAAGGGGUGGCAUUCCUGGCCUCAAGUGAUGCCUCAUUCAUAACCGGCGCUAAUCUGGUGGUCGACGGCGGACUUGUCUAUAAUAUCGGCGCUUUUAAUACUUUAUAA